AUGUAUUCUAAAGAUGAGGCAGACGACUAUGUAGCAGACUCGAAGGGCAAGAUCACGUUAACCAGCAAGUCGUCAAACAGCAGCGGGAGCAGCAAUGGCGACGGAGAAGGCAGUGGCAUCGUGGCGAAAAUCUUCUUCCUGAUCCUGUUGGUGUCCCUGUCGCUGGUAGUGGGCCUCAUUCUGGUUGAGCUGCGAGGCAAGCAGGCUGCCAUCAAGGAAGCGCCAUCCGCGGUGCCCGAAGCGGCAGAGUUCAUAAAAGAAGAUGAACCUUUAAUACCUGAAGAAAGUGCCUCGAUAGAUGAGGUCCCUGCCCCUGAAGUGCCACCUGGCCUACAGGAUGACCCAGUUGAAGAAUUCGAGCCUAUAGAAGCAACGCCACCUCUCGAGGAAUACAUUAAGGUUGUAGAAGAGGUUGUCGAGCAUCCUGAGGAGGAGGAGCCAGUGGAGCCUGCUCCUGUAGAGGAAGUCGUCCCAGAGGAACCUGCUGCAGAGGAUGACAGCUUUUUUGAAGCACAAGAGAGUGUGCCAGCGGAAGAGAUUGAGGUUGUAGAGAUUGUUGAAGAAGUUCCUGUUGAAGUUGUUGAAGUUAUUGAGGAGGUGAUAGAAGUGCCCAUAGAGGAAGUGGAAGAACCUGUGGUAGAUGAUUCACCUGCAGAGGAGGUUGAAGAGGCUGCACCUGUUGAAGAGGAAGCUGAAGAAGUAAUAGAAGAAGUUCAGGAAGAACCUGCAUCUGCAGAAGUAGUUGAAGAAGAGUCUGCACCAGUAGAAGUAGUUGAAGAAGAACCUGCACCAGUAGAAGUAGUAGAAGAAGAACCUGCACCUGCAGAAGUAGCUGAGGAGGAACCUGCACCUGCAGAGGUAGCUGAGGAGGAACCUGCACCUGCAGAAGUAGCUGAGGAGGAACCUGCACCUGCAGAGGUAGCUGAGGAGGAACCUGCACCUGCAGAAGUAGCUGAGGAGGAACCUGCACCUGCAGAGGUAGCUGAGGAGGAACCUGCACCUGCAGAAGUAGUUGAGGAAGAGUCUGCACCUGCAGAAGUAGUUGAGGAAGAGUCUGCACCUGCAGAAGUAGCUGAGGAGGAACCUGCACCUGCAGAAGUAGCUGAGGAGGAACCUGCAGAAGUUUUGGAAGAAGCUGUGCCUGUUGAAGUUGAGGAUGAAGCUUCCCCAGCGGAAGAGGUACAAGAGGAAGCUGCUGCUGUAGAAGUUCAAGAAGCUGUUGUUCCUGAAGAAGCUGCUGUACCUGCAGAAGUAGUAGUAGAAGCAGUAGAGGAAGUCAAAGAAGAACCCCAAGAAGUCGUUGAGGAACCUGUUGUUGCCGAAGAAGUGCAAGAAUUGGAUGCACCUGUAGAAGUGGAGGAAGCUGAGGAAACUCUUGCUGCUGCAGAAGAUGACGAUGAUGAUGAUGAUGCAGAGGAAGAGGAUGGUGAUGAGGAAGCAGAUGCAGAUGAUGAGGAUGAUGAUGAUGAUGAUGAUGAAGAAGGAGAAGGAGAAACUGAAGAAGGAAAGGAUGACGAAGAUGAUGAUGAUGAUGAAGUGGAACAAAAAGAGGAAAGAGAUGCCAGUAUGCAAUCCUUGACCAGUGCUUAUAUUCGUGUAGAAACCCUGGCUGAGGAGAUCACAAGUAUGGACCCAGAGAACGAGAUGGUGAGCCAGCUGACACCUCACAUUGCUGGUGUUCUGCGGGCCAUGGAGUCAGGCCACACUGCGGGACUGUCCGAGACCCUAGACCACAUCCAAGUCAUUCUGGAAGAUGUCAAAAGGAGGAUAGAAGAGGGGGAGCCGGAGGAACCUGAAGCAGAGCAGCAAGAAGAGAAAGAGACGAUACCUCCCUAUGAGAAGGCUGACAUUACCAGUGAUGUUGAUAAUGAUAUUCGCAAGGAGCUAGAUGCAGCAGAAAAGGAGUUACCUCAGAACCCAGGGAAAGCUCUGAACAGCUUUGGAGCCCUUCUCCACCGUGUGCCCCAGUCCGCGCGCGCACUUUAUGGCCGAGCCUGCAGUCUGGACCGCCUGGCUGAAGUAGAGCGCUCCAACUCACGGCUGGAACAGGCUAUUGCCACGUACCGCAGCAUCAUCGACAUGGCCGACGAACACCCAGACCAGGUGCCCUUGCCACUCCUGCGACUGGCAGCGGAAAAGUGCAUCGAGAGAAUGAGAUUCAGAGGGUUCAUGGGCAAAGCGGUCAGGGUUCAGCAGCGAUUGCUGCAGAGGUUCCCCGAGGACAUCAGUCUCAGGAAUCAGAUGGGGGUGACCUUCCUUCUGAUGAACCAGCCGACUGCAGCUAAGGACGUGUUCAAGGAGGUCCUUGAAAAGUGGCCGGAGGAUGGGUUUGCGCAGGUACAUUAUGGAUUUGUCUUGAAAACAUCGUACAACAAUAACACCGCCGGAAUUGAGUACAUGCGAAAGGGCAUCGGCAGCGGCGCAGAGGGCACUCAGGAUGGCCGUUUCUACUUCCAUCUUGGGGAUGCUCUGCAGCGGGAAGGGAAGGCAGAAGAAGCUUAUAAGUUGUACGACACUGCUGUUGGAAAGGGCUUGUUCCUCAGCCGAUACCAGCGUUCCUUAUACAAUGUUGACAGGCUGAGUUCGCAGCCCCAUUGGACACAGGAGGAGACUACGUAUCAAGAGUUCUUCAAAAAACUGGAGCAGAACUGGCUAGCAAUUCGAAAGGAAGGCCUAGAAGCACUUGCUCUGCCGCCCCAAGAUGGAUUCCGCCCGGAGGCAGAGAACCUCCAGGAUACGGGGGACUGGAAGCAGUAUGAGAUUUUCUCUCGAGGAAGGAAGAUAACUGCAAACUGUGUGAAGACCCCUCAGACAUGUGCUCUUGUUGAGAGCUUCAAACCAGCUGCUGGAUGCAAGCGUGGACAGGUGAAGUUCAGUGUCAUGUAUCCUGGCACACAUGUUCAUGCUCACACUGGCCCUACCAACUGCCGCUUGCGAGCCCACCUGGGCCUGCUCAUACCUGAAGGGCUACGCCUACGCGUGGGUGAAACCAACCUAAGCUGGGCUGAAGGGAGAGUCAUUGUGUUUGAUGACAGCUGGGAACACGAAGUCUGGCAUGAGGGGGAUUCCCCGCGGUUGAUCCUCAUAGUGGAUGUGUGGCACCCAGAGCUUACGGAAGAGGAAAGGUCAUCCUUGUCCCCAAUAUAAUUUCGAAUCGAACACUUGCGUUCCUUUGGCGGCCAGUAGUGGUUCCUUCUUUAAGAGUCUUAAACAAGGUACUUAUUUAAGCAAAUGAGCUUAGUCACAUUUUCGACAGUGGAACAAACAGGAGCAGAGAACAAAGAUUAUAUGCAAAGAAUUUUUAUCCAGUUCAAGUGAUGUAGAUAUGCUUAUGAUGAUGUGUUUUGAUACUGCCUCUUUCUUUUCUUUUUUUCUUUUUCUUUUUAAGUUCUCUCUUACCUUGUACUUGAGAGUCUUGUGAAUUAUGUUAGGGAUUCAGUUCCAGAUAAAUGUCCAAAAGUUGUAAAAAAAAAUGUCUGCCGGUCAAAAAGGGUUACCUUGCACCAGAAACAAAGAUUAGUCCCGAGAGCCCAGGAAGUUGGAGUCAGCUCUUCCCACUCACUAGUCUGUUCUUUCCUCAUACAUGUAGUUCCUCCCAGUAUCACUAGUGGUUCAGGAUGUGCCAUCUUACAGCCAGUGUUUCAUGGAAGGAUAGUAAUGGUACAUACUGCCGUUGUGUAACUCCAUCCUUUUAUUUUCUUCUCAAUAUCCAAAUCGGAUAACUAGGAUAACUAUAACAUAUAUGCAUAAGUAUGCAUAUAUAUAUAUGUAUGUAUGUAUCUGUGUGUAUAUGUGUAUACAUAUAUAUAUGUAUAUGUAUAUGUAUGUAUGUAACUAAUUUUUUUUUUGUUUUUUUGUUUUUGUUUUUUUUUGUUUUUUUGUUUUGUUUCCAUUAAUAAAUAGAAACACAUUUUUUUUUAGAUGGUGAUAGGGAACAGCUUUUUUUUUUUCCCCAUGAAAGUGAUCUGUUAAAUAUGCUGUGGCCCUUCUUUGUCUGUUCGUCAGCCGUCUUCCUUUGAGCUUAAAGACAAUGUGAGAAAACAUUUGAGUGAGGAGCUGGAAAAGAUAGAUAGAUAGAUAGAUAGUGGCAAAGUUCCUUUUUUUUUUUUUUUUUUGCUUUUCCAGCUAGUAUUUUUUCAAGAUAGAGUCGCAUGCAACAUUGCACUGAACCAUCUUCAAUAUUUUUGUAUCGAUUGUUGUUAAUGAUGGUGCCAGUGUCUGACUUUCUGCAGUAAAGUUGUAGGGUAGAAAUUUGUUGAUUGUAUGUGUGAAAGUUCUAUGUUCUAGCAAGAAUGAGGUUUUGGGAUCAUAGUUAGUGCUCUCAAAUUAUCUGGUGAAAUUUGGUAUUUAUUUUUUUUUAUUCAUUUAUUAUUAUUUUUUUUUCUGUUUCAAUUUUUUAUGGUGCUUAUUUUUUGUCACAAUUCUUAUUGAUUUCUGCUUGUAACUGGUGCUAUUUUCUUUUCUUUUUUACAAUUUCAGGAAACCAAUAGCACACACACAAAAAAAAAAAAAAAGAAAAAAAAAAAAGUUUUGGUUUAUAAUACAUGUCAUGGACCAGCAAAAAGUCCAUAAGUUAUGAUAUCAAUCACAUAGUAAAGUCACAGAGAAUUUUUUUUUUUUUUUUUCUUUUUUCCCUUAAUGAAAAUCAUAUUCGACCUGUUCUGUACUUUGCUAGUCAGGAUUCCAGAAUAGGUCACAGAGUACUUCCUUUUUGUGCCUUACUCGUGCUCAAAUCUUGUAAGACCUGAGGCCGUGAGCGUCUUGGGUAUCCAUGCAGUAUCCUCAUGGUGUUCUUAGUUUUGAUAAAGGUUAUUGUAUGCGAAGGAGUGAAUGGAGUUCAAAUGAGUGUUUAGAAGAUACAAAAUACAGUCACACAUAUAUGUUGUAUUCGGUGUUGAAAUGAAGCUAUGUUGUCAGAUACUCCUCCCCCCCCCCCCAACACCUUUUUUUU